AUGGCAAACGUCAUUGCCGCCGAGGACGACUCGAACGGAUGGCAUGAGGUCGAGCAGACGCUGACGGCUCUGGAGCUGCCAUCCGUUCCCCCGACAUCGGACCCACAGCGACUUCUGGGAUAUGUACUUCACAUUCUUCCAAAAUACACUGAGAUGGAGAUGCUAGUGACGCACCUGCGACUGUACGCAUCGACGCUGGAGCAAGAUAUGGAGCAGGUCAAGAGCCACGUCCGGCUGCUGACACGUGAAUCGAACGCGGAGCGAGAGAAGAAGCAGUUUCUAGAGCGAUAUGCUGCACAGGUGGUCAAGGAGCGCAAUGAUCUGCUGCACUCGAGAGGGUCCUCGAAGCAGAAGAAGGCAUCGCCAGGCUCGCACUUUGUAUGGCACAAUUGCUGCAAGAAAAACGCUAGCCACGCUAUGGACUUGUCGCCGUCAAUUUUGGCUUUUCGAGGCGAGAAGCUGCAGGAAGCAAUGAAGAAGGUGGAAGCAUUGGAGGGAGAAGUGCAUAACCAGGAAUUGCUGCGACGAGAGCUCAACUUUCUAUUGAAAAAGACGCAACGAGAACAUGACAGCAAAGUGUCAGCCGACCGUACACAUAUCCAUCACCUGGAGAAGCAGAUUCUACAACGGUCGACUUUGCACUCGAGUCUGGAGAGAAAGCUGUAUGAAGUCGAGUCGGUGCUCGCCCGACUUGACAAAACAAAGGAAGAAGAGCUAAAUACUGUCAACAAUCGUGUUAAAGAGGCGGAAGCUCGAAACAAGGGUUUAAUGGAAGAAAAUGCAAGUUUGCACGUGCUGGUAAAGAGGUUGGGUGAUGAAAGGGAUGACGUGACGCAGUUGUUGAAGCAAACAACCGAGUCGAAGGAUCUUUUUGCAAAGCGAAUUGACACGCUUUCUGAAAAGUGUCGCGCGUUGGAGUCGGAAGUAGAAGCCUUGCGAUCUGAAAUUGAAGUGCUGCAAACUAAGGAUAUUAACGAUAUUCGCACACAGUAUGCUGCUCGAAUUAGCCGACUUCAGCGAGACAGAGCCGCAUGCGAGGAAGCAUUACACCAAGAGAUUGACCGGUUGAAGCAAAAGUUGACAAAGCGUGACGAGUCGCUUGCGCAGGCGUGUAGAUCACAUCAAUCUACAAAGGAGGUGAGCUCCGAGGACCGUCCCGUGAGUCAAACCAGUGGCUUGGAAAUCGUUUCUGAUUGUGGUAAUGGUUCGAAAUGGAGUGAUGGUAUUUUCGGCGACGACCGACGUUUUGAUAUGCAUGGAGUAGAGCUCUCAUUUUCCAGGAGCGAUUUGCCGGAAUCGCAUCUGUCUCUUGACUUGUCAUAUUCUUCGUCUAGGCACAGCGCUUUACAAAAGGAAGCUGAGGCUAUCGAAAGCAGCGCAUCGAAUCAGCACUACAAACAACUUUCAUCUUGUCGAAGUUACACCAGUUCUAGCAAGCAAGGAUUCUCAAGGGCGCUUGAGUCAAUUUCGAGAGACCUUAGUACGUCGUCCAACGAGAACGACAACCAGUCACGUAACCAUGGGGCGGACGUAAAUGCAUUCGAUGAGCCGUUCGACUGGGAGAUGUUUAUUGACAGCGUUUCCGAGAUUUCCGUCUUACGAGAUGAGCGCAAGACGAUGCCUUUUGUCAACGACAGUAUUUCUGAGAUUUCGCUUGAGCAAGAUGGCAACACACCGUGCCAUUCAUCAUCAUCUAUUCCGAGGCACUCGGACCUUGAUGUUAGCGCAACACGUCACGAUGAUAGCUUCCUGAGAGUCCCCGGCUCCAGUUUUGAUGCGGCAUCUCCUGCUCGCGCCGACAAUUUGACAGCUAAGCAGUCUGAAGUCAAUUCAGAAUGCGAUCGCUCUUCCGAUGCAAAGGAUGAUCGAUCUGUAUGUAACCGAAGUAGACAUGAGUCGGAGCGCGACGAGGAAGGAAAAAGAUUGGACGCAGAUGGCGUUGAUCUCACCCAGGAGCGGCGCUGUAAUCGGAAUUCGGGUAGAAGGACCGAGCAGGAACAAUCUGGUGACUGCCAAGAAAGUGUUAUGGAAGGAGUGGCCGCAGAAAAUAGCUUCGCUCAUGACAUCUACCAGAUACUGAAUGGGUUGGAGCAGAAGCGGAAAGAAGAGGAGCAAAAGGCUUCACAGGCUGAGCAGGCUUUGUUAGACUUUCAGCAACUACAGCAGGACUUUCAGGCCUUGCAGGUCAUUCCUGCCUCAACAAACGAGUCGAGAUGA